AAGGAGAGACUAAUGUUAAAUUUAGUGUUAAGUUUAGAGAAUCACGCCAGAAUUGGCACCAUUGAGAUGUUAAGUCAUUAGUAUAAUUUUCCUGUUGAGAUUUUUUCAUGUUCUGCUGAUUAUCCUGUUGGAAGUACUGCAUGUUCUACUGAUUAUGUGGCAGCUGCUCAGUUGGACGUUCAGAAUUUUGCUGUGGACACUAUUUUAUAAAAUAUCGAGGCGAUGGUGUACUGCUAUAACUAUUGUUGUUGUAAGUUGGAGUUGGCGUGGAUCUGGUAUAUAUCGGAGAUGGAGUUAUGUAACUGUUGGAGUAUUUAUUUUUAUAUUGCGAUGUAAAAGACCUAAUUGGCGUUCCAUGAUGAUGGCAGCAAUAGCACUUUUAGCAAAGAUAUGAGAUAAAUCUCCAUUACAAGACAAUGCCCAGUUUUCAUAUUCGACUGGUUUCUCUCUAAGACGGUUAGCUGCUGAUUGCGUACGGUCAUCUUCAUGUUUUCUCUUUAAUUUUUCAUCUUUUGUCUUCGGAACUGCAUAGGAUCAGGAGAUAACACUUGAUCCAAACCUGUAUCUCUAUUCGGGACGUAAGAACAGAGUACAUUCAACCGUCCGUGUGCGACAUCCGAUCGGAGAACAGAAUUGAAGAAUCGGAUCGAGAACCCGAUAUGUGCACCCAGCCUAACAUCCAUUAUAUCAGCUGAUAUCUCGUACGAGUCGUGCUCGGCUGUCUCGCGCGCCAGUCAUGACUCGGUAGUGCGCACACAUGGAUGUCGGCGUCGCUUACGGCUCGCCGUCGCUGCGAAUACGCAGCGGCGUGAAAAUCAACGGUGAAAACGUUAAACAUGACUUGAACCAGUGCACUAGUGUUAUGUCCGCGGAGACGCAGCGGCUGCUGCCGCCCACCACGGAGACCAUAAUGACCAAGCCGUUCCCCAUACGAGGUGAACGAGCAAACUACGUGAACAUCCCUCAUGUUAUUGCUAUGGUUGGUCUCCCUGCUCGGGGGAAGACCUACAUUUCGAAGAAACUUUCGCGAUAUCUAAAUUGGAUAGGAAUCAAUACUAGGGUAUUUAACCUGGGCGAAUACAGGCGGCACGCCACGACUGCUUACACCAGCCAUGAGUUCUUCCGCGCGGACAACAAGGAAGCCAUGGCCAUCCGGCAGCAGUGCGCUCUCGACGCGUUGCACGACGUCUGCGAGUGGCUCGUCAAAGGAGGAGAAGUCGCUGUGUUCGACGCGACCAAUUCCACGUUAGAUAGGCGGCGGAUGAUCCGCGACAUCGUUGUACAUAAAAUGGGCUUUAAGUUAUUCUUCGUAGAGUCCAUUUGCGACGAUCCCAGUAUCAUAGAGCAGAAUAUUAUGGAAGUAAAAGUGAGCAGUCCUGACUACACGAACAUCCAAAACAUGGACAAUGUCCUGAACGACUUCCUUCUCCGGAUAGAGCAUUACAAAGAGAGAUACGAUCCAUUGGACGAGCGACUCGAGUCGGAGUACAGCUUCAUGAAGAUCUAUGACACCGGGGAGAAGGUGGUGGUGCAUAAACACGAAGGCCACAUACAGUCCAGGAUUGUUUACUACCUGAUGAACAUACAUAUAGUGCCCAGGACGAUAUACCUGACAAGACACGGGGAGAGCGUGCACAACACAAUGGGUCGCAUCGGAGGCGACAGCGGCCUGUCCCCGCGCGGACAGCAGUACGCGGCCGCACUAGCGGACUACAUUGAAACGCAGCAGAUACCCGGCCUGCGCGUCUGGAGCUCCUGGAUGCGCCGCGCCAUACAAACCGUGCAUGAUGUGAAGGCCCCGCAGGAGCGCUGGAAGGCCCUCAACGAGAUCGACGCGGGCAUCUGCGAAGAGAUGACAUACGCGGAGAUCCAAGAAAAGUACCCCUCAGACUUCAACGCGCGCGACGCCAACAAAUUCGCCUACCGCUAUCCUCGCGGGGAGAGCUACGAGGAUCUGGUGGCGCGGCUGGAGCCCGUCAUCAUGGAGCUGGAGCGGCAGGGGAAUGUGCUGGUGGUCUCCCACCAGGCCGUCAUGAGGUGCCUGCUGGCAUACUUCCUGGAUAAGUCUGCAGAGGAACUGCCGUACCUCCACGUGCCGCUCCAUACAGUGAUCAAACUGACGCCCGUCGCAUACGGGUGCCGCGAGGAACACAUCAAGCUGUCCGUCGGCGCCGUCGAUACGCACCGCUCCAAACCAGCUGAGGGCGAGGAUGACGACACCGCGGAUGUGACGUACGCAAAGAGUGAAGUGACACCGGCAUGAACAAUAGACAAAGUAGAGUAGCUUACGAUGCGUUUGCAAAACAGUUUUUUACGCAACUAUUUCCCUUUAUUCUAAAAAUGUAACCCACAUUUCCCAAGAUGUUUAUAAAACAUCUUUCAUCUAAAAACAGAUUCUUAUGUAUUCGAUUAGAAAAGCAUGCACAAUACGUCAUUAAAGUCCCUAUCAGGGUUGGCUAGAAUUAAAUGAUGUAUUGCCAUAACUUAAAAUAACUCUUAAAUAAAAAAAAUGCGAUAAUAGUACAUUACGAAAAAAACUGUAAGAUAUACAGGCUGUUACAAAAAUACAAAUAAAUGUUUA